AUGUCAUCCCAAGAUCUACGCCCGCGAAUCUGCCUUCCAGGAUUUGGCCAUUCACUUCAACACUGGUUGACCACAAACGGAAAGGGAGAGCCCUUGUCUGAAUAUCUCUGCGCCUUAGCCCGCUGGAGACAUAGUCCUAUGACCAUUCGAGAUCGCUGCAUGCUAGCUUUCAUGAAUGAAAUCACCGACAAGCCAGAAUGGACCCGUAAGGUCUUCAAUGAAAGCAUUGUCAAGAAGUGGAAGAGCGAAACAAUGACAAUGGACUGGGACAAAGCAGGUAUCCCUAUGGGAGACUUUAGCGGAAGAAUGUUUGACUACUGCAUCGCAGAGCUUCGAGACAAGGCCACUUUCUCUGACCAAUAUCACAUGGUUCGAGUCCUUGAUAUCGAUGCCGUGAUUCUGAAAUCCGAUAACGCAGUGGACGCAGAGCUCAAUGCAGCGCUCCGGUCUGCCGUUCGUCCGCUGGAAGAUGUGCCGGACGUGAAAAAGGAUUGGCAUCCUGGAUCCGACGGCAAGGUGCUGGAUCUCGUCCAUCCGUCACUUUUCCCUCUUAUUUACGGCCGCUCUCGCAUUCUGCCAAAUUCGGUCGUGUCCCUUGACGACUGCGUUAAAAGGAUAGGCGAGGGUGAAGUCAUUCCGCAGCCUACACAAUCUACCAUCCAGAAGGUUAGAACGCGCCAGAGAAUAAAAGAGUGGGAAGUUUGGUCCAAAAACUUCCAGUGGCUCCCUUGCAAUGUGACCUUCCCUGAUGGAAAGAACGCAAGUAUCGAGUCCUACAUCAACAACCUCCAUCCCGACGACCAUGCGGACUUGUAUAGGGUGAUUGAGCAAUUAAUAACCAGAUCCGUGCCCCUCUUCAAUAUCGUCUGCCAGUUCCACCCAGGCGGUUCAAGGAAACAGGGACAUAGAGCAUGGACGGACGCAAUCGAAGCUCAUUCGCCCGUAGAGCCUAUGCCCCCAAGGCCGCAAGACCCAACUGGCGAGGAAGACUGGACAGACGACAGGAGGAGGUGCGCAGACACGCAUUGGCGCCAUCAGUGGUGGAUGGAAAACCGCGUGAUGAUCAAACCGGAACCGGAAAACUACGGUGGAUUACAGUAUACGAAAACCCCAGAAUUGAUUGAUAACCAAUUCAGCUUCCUUGGGGAAAGGCAGAAAAAUUUGCAGGUCAUCGUCAAACUCGCAAACAUCCACCUCACUCCCGAAAAGCCAGAAUAUGAAGGCGGCGGUUGGCAUGUCGAGGGGCAGUUGAAUGAGCACAUCAUCGCAACGGCUCUCUAUUACUACGACAAUGAGAACAUCACAGAUUCUCGGCUGCAAUUCCGCACGAAUGUGGUCGCUGGGGAGCUCGAGGUAGAUCUUGACUACAUGCAGAAUGACCAUGAGGGGAUCGAACAGAUUUUUGGGUUCCAUGGCAACUAUGAUGAGGCGGUUCAGGAGUUGGGUUCCGUCCUCACGUGCGAAGGAAGACUCAUAGCGUUUCCAAAUGGUUUUCAGCAUCGGGUUGGCGGAUUCAAGCUUGCAGAUCCCACGAAACCCGGCCAUAGGAAGAUCGUGGCACUUUUCCUUGUGGAUCCCAUGCUUCCGAUCAUAUCGACGGCGAACGUUCCUCCGCAGCAACGCGACUGGUGGCUGAGGUCGAUUGGUGCUAAAGACGGCGCGCUCGGCGAGAGGCUGCCCGCUGAGCUGGUUCACAUGGUCGGAAGCCGUGUGGAUGACUUCCCAAUCGGACUGGAGGAAGCAAAAGUGGUUCGGGAGAAGCUGAUGGAAGAGAGGGGGAAAUUGGAUCGGACUGUUGAUACCGUGUAUCGUGAUAUGUACGGCUGUUUAUAA